CGAACAAUAUAUAAGGCUUUAAGAAUCAACCAUUCAGCACCACACUGUGUCAUCUUAUCGGAGCUGAACAAAUAAGAAUCAAAAUGAAGAUUACAAUUUGUCUGCUGUUUGCGCUCUGUAGCGCAGUCAGUGCCCACGGAUGGGGUGGUGGAUGGGGGAGUCGCGGUGGACGCGGUGGACGCGGUGAUGGAUGGGGAGGUGCAUGGGGUGGUGGAUGGGGAGGUAGUAGAAGAUACGUAGGAUCCGGACAUGUAUAUGUUGAAAGACAGCCUUGGUGGGGUAGCUAUGGUAGAUAUGGUGGUAGAGGCGGUGGAUAUGGUGGUUACAGUGGUGGAUAUGGUGGAUAUGGUGGAUAUGGUGGUUCCAGUGGUGGAGGCGGUGGAGGCGGUGGUUAUGGUGGAUAUGGUGGUUAUGGUGGAUAUGGUGGAUAUGGUGGAUAUGGUGGAUAUAGUGGUUACAGUGGUGGAUACGGUGGUGGAUAUGGACGCGGGGGUGGUUCCGGAAGUCGCAAAGGAUAUUAGAUGCAGAUUCUUUCCCACAACGGACAACGGAUAAUGUUCUUUUUUUAACAUUUAAUAUAUUAAAUAUUGUCUUAGCAUUCAA